AGGAAUAUAGCGCAUAUAUAGAAGAUGAAUCUGGAAGAAGGAGGUUACUCAUGAACAAGCUGCGCUGGCUCUGCUUUAUCAGCCAAUGGCUGUACCCGGCUGAUCUCUGGACCCUCAGAUUGAGCAACAAAACAAGAGACAGGCAGCUUCAAAACCAUUCAAAAACAAAGGCAGGAUAGAGGAAAGAGUCAAAGAAAAACAAAAAAAAGAGAGAGCAACAACAGGCUUGGGUAGCAUUAGCGUGAGCAGGUAAAACAGCAGUUGUAAAAUAGAGUUAAACAUUGAUAGAGGCUCUUUUGAGGUACAAUGGUAAAGAGAACUUUUUAUUUAAGGUUUUGGGUAGGAGUAUGAAAGAUUUGAGAGUACAAGGGGGUGGGGGGGAUCAGAGGCAGGGGUCCAGUAGAGAGUAAUUGUGGUGACAGCCAGUGCAAGGGGACAAGGACUCAUGUGAGACACAGAGGAAUUAAAAGAUAAAAGACAAAGAGAAGGACCAGAGAGGGACUGGCAGCACCAAAACUGGACUUCACUAUGGGUGUUAAGAGCAAGGCUGCUGCAGCUAUCUUAGUCCUGCUACUGUUCCUCGGCUCCCUGUGGCUCCAGGGAGGUUUGGAUUACCACUGGGAUUCUUGUUUGAAAGGUUACAAUCAGGUGAAUGGGCUUCACCAGCUGUCCAACAGCAGCGGGGCCGAUGGGGCUGAGGGCUCUAACCUCCUGGAGGGGUGCCCUGGUCAGAAGUUCCAGGUGUCACUGCUGCUCUCCCACCUGCUGGCUGCACCGGCCUACACCUCUGACGUACUGCUACAGCCGUAUCUGUCCAGCUGGGAUGAGCUUGUGAGGUUUAUGGAGGCUCUGGGCCCAAUGGUCGGCCUGAUAUCUAAAGAGAUUGAAACCAAGACUUCUAUUAUUCGCCAACUGGCCCUGUUGGCAGAAGAGAACCCUGAAACAAAGCUUCCAGAUUUACACUCAAUAAACUCUUUGAACGUAGGGACUGAGAUAAAGAAUACUGCAGAGGCUUCACAGCACACCGGUGCUUACCACUCUGUGCGCUCUAUGAUCUUGGUGGAGCUGAACCGAGGCUUGGUGGACUUCCGCCACCAGACAGACUCCGGAUGCCGGACUCUCCUGCGCCUGCAUCGAGCUCUUCUUUGGCUGAAGCUCUUCUUGGAGAAGCUGGCUGAGACACCGGUGGCCGGCCGGCUCAGGAGCCCCUCUGAGCUGUGUCGUGAGGCCUACCAGAACACCCUGGCACACCACCACACCUGGUUCGUCCGUAGGGCUGCUGAGCUGGCCUUCAUUGCCAUGCCAGAGCGGAGUUUCUUCUUCAGGCUGGUGUGUGUGCAGAACCAGGAGGAGCUGAGCAUAGUGCUGAGCAGAGUGGUUCAGGCCAUCGGAGAGGUGUAUGACAGGACGCAGAAAGCCCUGGAGGACAAUGGCAUGCUGGAUUUGCCAUAGGAAAGGGGACUGGACAUACAGCGCCUACUGCUGUUUUACCAUGUUUUGCACUGUCUUCAUGGUAUCAAGAGAACCUGGUUGCACCAACAUGGCGGACAACAAUCACAAUACAGGAAGUCAUGGGGCAACAUCUCGCCCUUUCAAAACAAGAGUAGAAUUUCCCUGUCAUCUCUCAUCUUAAAUCCUAAAACAACAUUUAGGAUUUACUUUAAAAACAAUUAAACAUUAAAACAUGUUUAAAUUAACAAUUUAAAUAUUAUUUUACAUCAACAUUCUACUUUGUCAAAUUUGCUUAUUUUCCAGUGACUAUACAAGAACAUAUAUUGUAGGCCUGUUGUAUAACUCCUAAAAGAUUAAUGGCUUUAACUCAGUUUUAUGUAACAGUAUUCCUGUUUACCAGGCUGAAACUCUAAAUACUUGCCUGGCCAAAAGUAUGUGGACAACUGAACAUUUUCUCCUCAGGUGAUAUGUGAUUGUGAUACCAUGGACAUUAAUCUGCUGCUGUAACAGCCUUCAAUACUUUGGUUUCAGUCUUUUAUGUCUCACCUGUUAACAAACAACAAAAAGCUUGCACUGGGAGUUCGCCGUCAUGCAUUCAAGGUUCCUGUCGUCCUUUUGAGCCUAUGUACAAUCGAAUGUAACAAAUACUGUGAAGAAGAACUACUUCCGCCGCAUGUCAUCAUGACUUGUGUGUGUGCGGAUGAUGACCACUGUGGCUGUCCUCCAUGUCUGCCAUGUUGCUGCAGCCAUGUGCCUCUCCAUGGUAUCCUGGGCAUCACAUAUAGACAUUUAGCAACAAACAAGUCCUCAAGAAAAUUUGAAUGGACUUUUUCCAGCUAAAAUUUACACAUGCCAUAUCUUCCUUCCAACCAAACUGCUGCCAACAAUCAAUUAGUACUGAAAGUCAGUUUGCUUUCAGUCGGUAAACAUUCCUCAUUCAAUUCCAUGAGAUAAUGUCUUCUCCUCACUUUAGAAGCAUUUUUAAGGCAGCUGAUGAUGCAUUUAGGCUGGCUAAACACAGACUAUGAAUUAUUUAAGCAGGUGGGCACAAUGACAUGAAUACCUGUAUAAUCUUAAAGCAAUCUAGUGCCAUAAAUAACCCUUACAGUGUUCUUGAGACUGUGUCACAGGGGUUGGGAUUUUGUAAUGGAUUGCAUCAGAUUGUACGGUCCAAGUUUUAGUGACCACCAUCACAAAAACUUGGACUGCCUUUUUUUUUUUCUUUGGUCUUUUGGCUUAAAAAACUUGAUCUUCUUUUUCUACAUUCAAAAUUUCUAUUGAAAAUGACAUGGCAUUGUAAUAGUAGUUAAUGCUUGGUGAUUUAGUAUGCUACCUCAAAACUGCCUGGGUCUUAAUACCUUAUAGCUCUAAAAUCUGGGACCAAUCUAUCCUGAUUAUGGACACAAAAAAAAAAUCAGUAUAUGCUGAACAGAGAACAAUAUGGUGCUUCACAGUCACUGUGAUGUGAGUGUGGAGUAUUAAUUCCUCAGUGUUACAUGGUCAGUUUUUGCAUCAUGUUCAGAAUCAUUAAAUAUCUGUCAAAAAAAUUGGGGAAUUCAAUUGCCUGUUUUUCUAACAGUCAUGUCCAGUAAUGUGAUAGCUCUGACAUUUAAAUGUCACUGAACUGUUGUGUAAUGUUGUCCACUAUCCAGCAGAGGAUCCAGUGCUCUGCUACACACUAAUCUUCACUUCCCUUACAGCACAAUGGAUCUUAUGUGCUCUGUGUGACAUUCUGGACACAUUAUAGUGGAAAAGGUUUUGAAUAUCACAAAUAUCUUUUUGUUUGUGAGAAAAUAUGAAGCAAAAAAACAAACCCUCAUCUGAAGACUAUCAGGGGGUUGUAGAUUAUUUUGGAUUCUAAUUUUUUUGAACGUGUGUGUAACAGAGGUAAGAGCGUGUGCAGUUAUCAGUCACCGGCGCUAGUCUCGAUCAGACUAUUUUAAACCCACAAAUACCUCUAAUGCUACAUAAUCCUGCCUCUCCCUUUUCCUGCUCAGCGCUCUCUCUUUCUGAGGAAAGAGUGGAGAAAGGAGAGAUAAGGAUAGGACCCGAGGCCACGGAGUGAGGAGGAGACAGGAGCUGCUUGAAGGUCACUGAGCGGAAGUACACUUCGGCUGUAAUCUUGUCAAGCAGUUGGCGGAUGACUAUAUUAAAGCAACUCCCAAAGGAAGAAAACCUAAAACAGUAUUUAUAUAUUUCUGAUCUUGGGUCAAUGAAUAUUUAUGAUUAUGUACAUGUAUCUAUUGGGCUAGAAUCCAGCCAAGAUUUCAGUCUGUGACCUUUGACUUCUGGUGUGUGUAGGAGGAUGACGUGUUAAUGAUGGCAUUUCCUCUGGAUAGUCUUGUGUAGCCAACAUGUGCUUACUUGUUCAAUUCACAGCUGAACAUAAGAAUAUUAUUUCACAUAGCAAGAUGGACUCUUUUUUAUUGCUUUUAGCUUUCACUUGUUGCCACAUAUGUGCAAUACGUAUGUGCACAUAGGUUAAUGUAUGUGUCCGCUGACAUUGUAGGCUGUGAGGAUUACAGUGAAUGAGAUUACAUUAGAUUACAUCCACCUGGUCCUACUUUUGACACUGCCUGGCUUCUCUCUCUGUCCUCUACAAAGACCUUACUACUUGACUUUUUUUUUUUUUUUUACAAAUGAUCUUUCAUUCAUAAUAAGCCAAAGUGCAAGGACCCACAUUGGAAUUAUGACCUUUCCACUUAAACCUUAGUGUCUUUCCAUG